AUGCGAUGCGCGAGCAAGGCCGCCGAGAGCGCGUCUGCACGUCUCUUUGCGGACGCCGAAGCAGAAACCACAGCAACUGAUGUCUCAUCGGUUGCUGAAGCGACCCAGCCUGUGUCACUUGGUGAUGCAGGCGCUGGUCAUGAAGACACUCGUUUCUUCACAGAGUACGAGCUCGGUGUCUCGUACUCUCCUGAUACGGAUGACGAAACCGUAUCGACGGCGAUUGAAUCUAAGCCGCCUGCCAAGCGUGGCAUGGACGAUGCUUUGCGCCGCAGCAUCUUUGGUUCAUCUGACGAAUCAGAUGAACCAUCGCCGAAGCGAAGGCGCUCGAGGUCGCGAGACUCGGGCGCUAUUAGUGGUGUCGGUUCUCCUAUGGACACCACUUCACAGCGAGGUGCCAGUACUUCUGUCGGCACGUCGCAGGAAGAGCGGGACCGCAAUGUGUUGCGUCUCGCUCCAGAAAAGAAGGCAUGGAUACCUCCUAAAUCCGUCAUGGAUCACUUGUCGGCGACGACGAGUGAUCGUUAUCGAACACGAUUGUUCGAUUCGUCAAGGAUCCAUCACCUUGACCCCAGCGCGAAAGACUAUCGCGCUGAACAUGAGUUCUUCAUCGAUGCUUUCUUUAGACAUUGA